GCAGAUCUUUCAAAGAUGGGAAAUUCCAAUGAUUCUUUCCGUUUUGUCGAGCCCUGCUUUGGUCUCUGGUUUGAUGGUUGUACGUGCUAAAAAUCCGGUACAUUCCGUUUUGUUUCCCAUCCUAGUCUUUUGCGACACUUCUGGUUUACUUAUUUUGUUAGGUCUCGACUUCUCCGCUAUGAUCUUCCCAGUAGUUCAUAUAGGAGCUAUUGCCGUUUCAUUCCUAUUCGUGGUUAUGAUGUUCAAUAUUCAAAUAGCGGAGAUUCACGAAGAAGUAUUGCGCUAUUUACCAGUGAGUGGUAUUAUUGGACUGAUCUUUUGGUGGGAAAUGUUCUUCAUUUUAGAUAAUGAAACCAUUCCAUUACUACCAACCCACAGAAAUACGACCUCUCUGAAAUAUACGGUUUAUGCCGGAAAGGUACGAAGUUGGACUAAUUUGGAAACAUUGGGCAAUUUACUUUAUACCUACUAUUCCGUCUGGUUUUUGGUUUCUAGUCUGAUUUUAUUAGUAGCUAUGAUUGGGGCUAUAGUACUUACUAUGCAUAGGACUACAAAGGUGAAAAGACAGGAUGUAUUCCGACGAAAUGCCUUGGAUUCUAGGAGGACUACUAUUCAUAUUCAGAACAGAAGGUUCUUCUCCCACAAAGGGGAUGACGCACCUGUCCCCCCCGCUGAUCCGGAAUCCAUUUAAUCUGAUUUGGCAGAGAGAAUAGAAAGGAUUUAUAGGCGGGCCGGGGAGGAGCAAUCUUUAGUAGAAGCCGGGACUACGCCAAGGGAACUUGUAGAUAACGUCCUGCCAGAGGGGGCGGAGCUACCGCUUCUACAAGAAACCUGGGUUCAGUUUGUACGGGACGAGUCACACAGCGAGUUUUGGGUAGAGAUCGAUUCGAUAAUCUGCUAAGGAAAUAUGGGCACGCGGCGCGCGGUGAGCCCGACACCCCCGAUCCCGAUGCUCGAGCCUGAUGCCCCUCAAUCAGGAGGAGGCGACUCAGCGGGGAGCACGGGGGAAGAAAAUUGUCCGGGGGCGGGGAAGGAAAGUAGGAACCUCCGAAGGCCCGCCCGAGUCAAGGAAGCGCAAAAGUUAUUCUGAUUCUGAUUCCGGGGGGGAUGAUGGGAGUGACCCUGCUCCGGAUCCUUCUCCUUUCUUUUGAUUUUGACUAAAAUGAGAGGUGGAGAAAUUGAGUUCUUUUGAGCAGCGUUGUCUGUAGUAGAGUAGCUUUUUUUUUUUUCUUUUACAGAAAGAAGGCGAGGCCCACCUGCCUUCUCUAGGUACUUUACUUGGAAAGGUGUCACCGCCUUCCUUCUUCUCUAGGUACUUUACUUGGAAAGGUAGGUGCGGGAAAGAAGAGCGGGUAUGUGGGCUUCUUUCAAUCGAAACUUUUUUGAAGCCGUCAAACUUUAUCGUUUCAUUAUAGAUGGAUCUAAAACAUUGCGUUGCAGAGUGGAGGCGUGAAGAAGGUUAAGAGAAGCAAGCCAAAGGAAAGAAAAAGCAACUUGAUACAAUAUUGAAGAUAAACACUCAGGAAAGCACUGGGUCAACUGACUCCACUAGCCAGCUUCUGCUUCAGAACUUACUUCAAAGAGGCUGACUUAGCACUUAGCAUAAUGCUUUUGUUCCGGUGCAUAAAAGUAAGUGAGCAGGUGGGUGAGUCCAAAGGUUUUUCCGAAGCGCGAAGGACUUGCAGUUCUAAAAUAGGAAGGGCUCUGUACUCAAAUCAAAGCAAAGUAGUAGUUUCAUAGGUCGUUGUGCUAGAGCUAAGAUUUAUAUGAAAGUGUGAGGGGAAGCCAUUUCCAGCUUCUACUUUCUGCGAACCGGGCUCAUUACCGGCCUACAGUAGCAUUCUACUGUGAGCUUUCUCACUGCGGAUCGCCUUGAUUCACUGAUCGUUGACAGCUACUCAGGAGAGGUUAUCCUUUGCCAGACUUUGUGUUGAGAUGAGUUCUCCGCUUCCCGAAAAGAUGAUUUUUGUCAAUCAGCGUAGAGUGGUGGAUUAUAAAGUGGUACAGUCCGAAUGGGUUGGUUCAAGCUAGCUGUUCUUACUGAACAGGUGUUUUAGCAUUCUUUUCGAAUUCGAAGUUGCGGGGUGCUUUGGCUUUUCAAAGUUCUCAAAGAGAAUAAAGUAAAGGCGCUACGCGUGGAUCGAAUUAAAGUAACGUAAGGUUUCGUAAGAAACAAUUGAAUAAGCGUAUCAAAGAGAAUGAGGUCUAGCACUCCGAAAUACCAUUGAGAAAGAGCAAUAGAACAAGGUUAGAAUAAGAUCUCCAAAAUGGUUGAUGACUCCCACAACUUGUCAGGCUGCAUUCCCGUGAAAUUGUUUUGGGACAAUUCCAGUUUUACUAUCUAUGCGGUAGCUCAGCCAAGUAAUCUGGUAUCUCACCAUUAAGACGGUUACCUAGCAAGUUCAGCUCUGUGAGGUUCUUGCAUCCUUUAAAUGAAUGUCUCUAGAAUACUCCCAGUCAGAUUGUUAUUGUGCAAUAUGAGUGACUGCAGAGAGUUGGCUUGACAUAUCUCGGCUGGGAUAGAAUAGAACCUGAGAGCUGGUUGGUUUCUGCAGAGAAACUAACAAGAUGCUGCAAUGGCAGCGCUGGCAGAGGCCCACGGAACAUGUUUUCUGCAAGAGAUAUGGAUCGAACACUCGCCCUGUUCCGUAUCCAAUCUGGAAUAUGACCCGUAAGUUUGUUCCCUUCAACGAAAAUUGUGGCAAUAGCUUCUAAAUCUGCAAGUUCUUCAGGGAUAGAGCCUGUGAAGGCAUUGAAGGGACGGACAGAUUUUUGAGCGUAAGCUUCUUGCAGUUACUAAGCUCUUUUGGUAUGCUCCCACUGAGCCCAGCACCUUUGCAAACAGCCGAGUUAGAUUGCCCAGCUCACCGACAGAUGUUGGCAGUUCAGCAUUGAAGUAGUUCUCUGAUAUAUAAAGUUCCUUCUUUUGAGACCACCAAUUGACCAAGGGAUGGUGCCUGUGAACUUGCAUCCGGGGAGUUGAAGAACUUUUAGCAGCUUCAGGUUACCAAUCUCUUCUGGAAUGCUUCCACUAAGACCAUUCUGUCUCUAAAUUAGCAAUUCCUUAUUUUCCAGUUGACCAAUCUCCCUAGGUAUUGGCCCCACCAAACUGUUUGAUGAGAGAUCAAGUGUCAACUGGUUCACCAACGCAGUUAUUCCCGGGAAUAUUUAUCCCGUGAGGUUAUUCUGGCUUGCAUCAAGGUGCUAGAGCCGAGACUGGUUACCAAAAGCAGCUGGUAUCGACCCGUUGAAUGUGUUCAUGUGAAGGUCCAGGAUAUCCUCGAGGAUGAAGGCCAGAUCACGCCCAAUUCGAUCCUUGAAAGACCCAUUGCACUACAGCGGCAGCUCGGGCUCGAGCAACGGCGGGAGAUAAGUCUUCUCUUCAUUCAGCAUUCAGUCUAUCUUCGGAAAGCAGCAAUAAUUGAUGCACGCAGACGAUGGUUAAAUGCUUUCUUGAUUUACUACUAAUAGGUGGUGUCUAGACGCUAGGAAAAAGUGAGGAUUAUAGCUUCUGCCCCAUAGACCAUUCGGAAAGGAGUCUGUCCCUUCGGUCUUAUAUGUUAGUAUAGGUUGGUUCUUCCGAAUGCACAUAAGACCACUGGUCACCCUCAAUCCUUAGCAUUGAACUUGACUGAUUUGGCUAAGAUCUGGGGAACUAGAGCAGUCCCCAGAGGGCACUACACAAGGCAGGAGAGGCAAUAGCGAAGCGAAGCCCUAGUUCAAUCGAGGAUGGAUUCAUUGAGUGGGCGAGGAAGAUGAUUGGUAUGGGAAGAUCGGUCUUUCACUAAUGGAGCAUCUCCACCCUAGCCUUGAAGUUGAACAUCCGGGGAUAUCUAAAUAUUGAACCAGUGAUUAAAAAGAAUGGCAAGACUGCGGUUGAAGUCCCAGCUGGAAAUCCAAAUUGCUCGAACACAAAAAAUCUAGACAAAGGAAAGAAACCUGGUUUGCAUAUUUUCGUAUAUGCCCAACUAAUCUAUCGCAUAGGAAGAUCGCCCCUGUAAGUUUAUUUCACACAUUAUGUUACUUUGUUUAUGGUGUGGAAAUAAAUAUCAAUAUUCUAACUUGCCGCUUUCUAUGGAUGCAUCCUCUACUCUAGUGCUUACCUGUCCUACUUUCUUUAAUUCAUUCCUAUUUCCUCUCCUGUACUUAUAUUUAUCUUGCCUGCGGCAGUUUUGUAAUCAAUUUCUACUAGGGAUAGGGAGCGUGAACUUUCUCUCAUCCAGUGAAUGAGUUACCUGAAGAUCGAUGGCAUAUAAAACGCCCUAAUUCAAUAUAAAAUCUGUUAUUUCACUUUCAAAAUGCCCCGUUCGCACUUGCUUGAGUGAGGCGCAAGCCGUUUUCUUGCUAGGCAAGAUAGGUCAACGGAUAGCUUGUUGGUUGAUACGGGACCCCUUCUCAACUUCAUGUGUUUUGUAACUGCCAUAAAGCAAGGCCAUAGUCCAACAUUCCAUCCUUUUCCACCGCUGUAUUGGCUUCUGCUUCUCUUCCUUUUGCCGAGGAAGAUCUGCUUCUCUUGCAUCCUCCAGUCUUAAAUUCCUAUCCGUACUAGACUAGACCUUCCCUUAGCCAUCAACCUACCGAACCCAGGAAUGAGAUCCACAAGGAAAGAGAUUGGCAGAAAUCCAGAAAGAAUGAUGCACAAGAAAUGGUUAGAACCUCGAGAAUAGAUGCGAAUAGCAGCUCAGAUCAGAUCCGAGAUGGAGCAGCAAUAAAGCAAAGAGGAGCAGAAAGGUUCGAAUCGAAUCGCAAGCAGCUGACUAGAGAGAGAUGAGUUGAGAAAUAAAGACUAUCCAAAUAUUGGAUAAGUUGUUUCGUAAUUCAUCUUUGUCAUUGACUUCGGCCUCUCAUUUAUCCUUAUUUGGUAGCUGAGAAGUGAAGCACAACAAAGUUUUAAUAGAUCUCUUCCUGUCAUUCAAUAACCAUCCUUUAUUUUUGCAGUAUAGAGAAGUGAUUAGCCGGUGCCCAGGAUAAGGUAGUGGAACUGGUGCGUAUCAGGUUUGGCAUUAGCUCUUUUGAAUAAUAGAGCUGAGCAGCUAAGAACAGAUAGCAAUCUGGAACAGCUCUGAAAUGCAAAUAAAAUGAUGAUUGGUCCUAGCUUAUGGGUUGCGAUAAGACAGUUUCGAAGGUUCUAGCCAUCUCAAGGAAGUAUAUAAGUAGCUAUCGGCACCUUUUGAAGAAGGAGGCUCGGUAGCAGAGAUGUUGAGUAAAGUCUAGAUGACACGAACCCUAGCAGAUCUGCUAUAGCAAAGUGGUAAGUUACCAGCGGUGUCGAUAGAAUAGAAGAGAAGCAUCAGAGCGAGCGUUAUAGAUCAGUCAGCAUUAGCGACAUCAAUUCUGCUACAGUUUUGUUAAAGAAAGGUGAAUACAUUCUAAAAAGUCUAAAACUCAUCUUAUUUCUUAAAGAGCAUAUAACAACAAACGAUUUCACUUACAAGGGGGUGCAGCUGCAGGAACUGGGUGCUGUGCCGCCCGCUGCCUACUUAAUGUUUCGCUUGCCUUCUACACUUCUGCAAUGGGAGUCACCACAUGAGAUGCUAUUUUUCACCUUUCGCUAUUAUUCGCUCUUGCGUGUCUUUGGAGCCCGAUCUUUCCCUUGCUUACGCCCCUAGAAACUCCGUGAAAAAACCACCUCGUUUUUCCAUAAAUAAAGGAUUCCUAAUAAAGUUUUUACAUAUCAUAUCCCAGCGGUAUUUUUUUAAUAAUUUUUGCAUAAAUAAAGUAUAAUUUCCACAAAAUAACACUUUUAGGCGCCCACUUGAAAUUCAACUUAACGUUGGACGUUGACCAGGCCCUCUCUAUUGCCAGAAUUGGGGACUGGCUCUUCUCCACAACUAGAAAACACAGAACUGCCAGAGGUUUGGUCAUAACCAGCACGCACCCUCGCCAAUUUCGUUCUAAGCUCAAUCCAAGAUUGUGAUCGGGUUGCCUUUCGAUAUAACUUGGUUCAAGCUUGGAUCCAGUGGAUAGAUACUUUAAACGAUGGUAGGAACGGGAGCUACCCUGGAUCACUUGAGGAAGUAAGAACGCAAGUCUCUCAGUUGAAAUUAGAUCGUUCCAGGAUAAUAGCUGAAGCGGCUGAGAACUCCCAAAGAGAAGAGAACCAGCUUAAGGAGCAGGUAUCCGGAGUAUCAGCAAGCUAUAAAUAGCUUUAGGAUUGUAUGAAUAGAGUUGAGGAUCAAGUAUCCCUCAUAUUUAGAUCCCCCGUUGGGAAAAGCCCCUUUUUUAAAUCCUUUCACGCUUUCCCUUUGCCGAAGGCCGGCCUCUUUAGUUCCUACGUUUUCGGAAAAGAAGGUGAGACGCUAGCUAGCAACGGGAAAAAACGAGUAGUUAAAGAUGUGAAUGUAAGACUACUCGAAAGUACUUCCAUUUUUAUUAUAUUAUAUAGUUUCUAAUAGAGAGUACAGUUGUAUCUAUGUGCGAAACGACGAAAGAAAGAUGGAAGGCCCAAAGAGCUCUACAGUAGUGCCCCGGAAUGGGGUCGUAGAGCCGGUAACCCACUCUGUUUAGUAUUUUGAUUUCGUUCAAGGUGUUGCUCUGUCAAAUAGAGAUUGUGUGGGUGUUCAGUCUACCACUCAUGUUCACGUUCUACAAAUCUAAGGGAGUGCUCCUAGACUGGACGACUUCCCGUAAAUAACCUAGUUCAUGUUCCUUUGAAAGAAAUAAAAUGAAAGCUUUUGAAGCGAAGAUGUCAACGCGGUGCUAGGUUUGCGCCGGCCACGAUUAUUUAUAAGUAUAUUGGAAAGAAGAGUGACUAGGCUACGGUCUAACUUUUUCUUCCUAGCGGAGUUCAAUACGAAAAUAAAGGCGCUCCGCGUUGGGAAUGGCGUACGUAGUACGGGUGGUAUUUCCGGUAUAACUGAUCAGGGUUGUUCUGAAAGCAAGUCAAUUGGUGCUUUGGAAAGUGAGUGCCAGAGGCUAGUCACUGCUUGGUUUACAGAAGGGAAGGAAGAAAGAGAUACCGAAGCAGAUUCAGUAUAGAAAAGAAGAAAUUGAUACCAUUCAUUCCAGCUUAUUUGAUACCCACUUAAAGUUUCUAUCAAACCAUGUCUUUUUCUUCGAACGUCAAUCUCGUAGGAAUUUAGAUUGGAAGUGUGGUAUUGAAGGGCGAAGCCUUUACUCUUUUACUUGUUUCUUUGAAUAUAAUAUAACAUAGUAUUGACUACGCACUUCGAAAGAUAAUGGUGUAUUCCGAGGAUCAGUCCGUUUUUUAUUGAAUUCGCAAAUUGAUAGAUCUGGAUGAUUAAAAGAAUGAUUCUUCCCUGGGUAUUUCCCCGCUACCAUUAUGGAAAUUGGAGCUUUUCAAUUCCAUUUUGGAGAUGCUCGUAACGAUUUUUUUCUUUUGGG